AUGGCUACACCCGCCGCGUUACCACCUCUCCCUUUUAACCCUGCGAGGGUACGGUCGUAUCUUCUUCGUUUGCCUCUUUUUACACGACUUGUGGUGCUGGCAAUUAUCGUCUUUUGGCUUCUUGAGUUACAAACAGUAUGGAGUGUGGUACAAUGGGGUUCGUUGGCGCCGGAUGAGAUUGGUUUCGGCAGCAUGUAUCGGCUCAAUACCUAUCCAUUCAUUCACAAUGGCUUCUUCCAUGCUUUUUUGAACUUGGUGGCGCUUACGCCAUUGGUCGAGCGCUUUGAAGCCGAGCAUGGCACGUUGACUGCUGUGGCUCUGUUCUUGGGGCCGCUUUCUACAUUCCCUGCCGGCCUCUACCUCCUGAUCGAGAAAUUCCUUUUGCAUAGAAACACCGCCGUAGUUGGCGCAAGCGUUUGGGUAUUCCUCCUAUUUGGCACCGAAGCUAUCAAGACCUUCAAGUCUCACCCGUACUUUAGUCUUGGGAAUUACAAGAUCCCUACCUGGACAUCACCCUUGUUUGCGUGCAUAGUUGUUUCGAUCCUUAUGUCUAACACGAGCUUCCUUGGCCAUUUGUGCGCUAUUCUCAUCGGCUAUUUGUUCGGCCUUGGGUACCUCAAGGUGUUCGUCCCUCCCGAGAAGAUCCUGAGAUGGAUCGAAGGAAAACUGAACCUGUUGGGUCGGUUACCACACUAUGUCUCUGUCGACCAAAAGACGUAUGGCCGAUAUGGUGUACUCCCCACAACCAAUACAAUGGGCGAGAGAGGGACUCCUAUGAGCUACUUGGGAUCGUCGCAGCCUGCAAUCCGCAAAUUGCGGAGUAAUCCCCAUUUCCUUUUCGUGCAUUUACCGCACGUCCUCUCGUUUCUAUGCGUCCUCGCUGGAGUCGUCUGGCUUCUCCUCCUCCCCCUCAACGACUACUCCCGUCGAACGUACAUCUCCGAGAACGCGCUUCUUCCCGGCCAGGUCCAUGCCUACUUUUCUGGUAGUGAUCAGAACAUCUUUCGCGGAUACCGAAAGGAGCUAGAGGGGCUUCUACCCAAUGGAGCUCCAGGGGAGGGUCCGGAAAGGAAUGAUAUUGAAUUGACGCCGGAGAUCUCGGAUAAGAUACAGUCGGUUCUCAGAGCUUCCGGCUUGAAAGUCGCGACGCAGAAAUAUGAAUACACUUCCGCGGGGAUCACGCAUCAGGGACAGAACGUCUAUGCCAUCAUUCAGGCGCCGCGGGGCGAUGCGACGGAGGCGAUCGUACUGGUUACGGCUUGGAAGACAGCCGAUGGAGAACUGAACCUGAAUGGCGUUACCCUCGCACUGACACUGGCAAGAUACUUUAAACGAUGGUCUCUGUGGUCGAAAGACAUCAUAUUCCUGAUCACGCCUGACAGCAAAUCUGGGACGCAAGCGUGGAUCGAUGCAUACCAUGACAUGCAACCGCCAUCUGUUCAGCCGCUGCCGUUGAAGAGUGGUGCAUUGCAGGGAGGUCUUGUGGUGGAAUACCCCUUUGAUCAUCGGUUUGAAUCGUUACAUAUUGUCUACGACGGUGUUAAUGGCCAAUUGCCGAACCUGGAUUUGAUCAAUACUGCCGUGUCAAUUGCUGGUGGUCAAAUGGGCAUCGGUGCCAAUUUGCAGGAGAUGUGGGACCACGAUGAUAGCUACGAAGCGCGUUUACAAACUAUUCUGAGGGGCAUGGCUAAGCAGGGUUUCGGGUACGCCACUGGAGCGCACAGUAGCUUCAUGCCGUACCAUAUUGAUGCUAUCACACUGCAAACGAAAGGAGAUGGCUGGCAGGAUGAAAUGGCCCUGGGCCGAACUGUGGAAAGUCUGUGUCGCAGCUUGAAUAACCUCCUGGAACAUUUGCAUCAGAGUUUCUUCUUUUAUCUGCUUAUGCAGACCAACCGGUUUGUCAGUAUCGGCACGUAUCUACCCAGCGCGAUGCUGAUCGCUGGCAACUUCACAAUCAUGGCCAUUGCCCUGUGGUUACGGACUGGCUACUACAUGGGCUCUAAGCCUAAGCCUUCAGUCAAGACAGAUGCUUCCCAGGAUGAGAAAAAAGAACAAGCAGCAAGCUCCCAGGACAAGGGCAAACCGAAGGCGACAAAUGUGGAACAAAACGGUGACGCCAACAGCAUCAUCGAACGACAGCUGGCGCUUCCACUCAGCUUUGUCGUCGGCCUACAUCUAUUGGGCCUUGCCCCUCUCUUCAUCUUCAACAAUCUUUCCCACAAGUACUUCACAACCGCAACCUACACCGUCAUUGUCGCCGAUCUCGUCCUUCCGCUACUCCUCGCAGUCUUGCUUACCCAAGGCUUCACCCCCAAACCCCAGCAAUACCUCCUUAUGAAAUCCUUCUCCCUCCUCCUCCUUGGUCUCUUCCUUUCCACUCUGGCUACUCUGAACUUCUCCCUCUCAUUCAUGAUCGGCUUGCUCUGCACUCCCCUCAGCUUCGUCAACCGCAUCAGCCCUACCACCAGUGCACCUAUCCGGUACGCACUCGCCUUCAUCGGACUCGUGCUCCUAAAUCUUCUCUCGCCCCCCGUCGUCCUCCUCGGGGGCUGUUGGUAUACCGGAGUAUCAGUGGAGACCAUUCUAACGCAAGCUGCGUUUGGAUGGGACGUCUGGGGGAUGUGGACACAGGUAGUUGUAUGGUGUGUCUGGUGGCCAGCCUGGAUGAUUGGAUGCGCCCUAUUGGGAUUCUCCCUGUUUUGA